ACCCCAACUUCUCAAUAAAAGCUGUAUUUUACCGCUACAUGGUCUGGGGAUGGAAAAAAUAUACGUCGGUAUCCACAAUAAAAAUCGUAUGGAACAUAUGAAAUGCUUAUGGUGCGUUCCCCAGGGUUGGGAGAUGGGAUGUUUCUGACCUCCUACUUGCUGAAAUGCAUUGGAACGCCUGUUGAAGUGGAAUGUUCAAGUCGCGAGCUGGGGCAAAAGCGAAGCAAACCGACUUCGCCCCAUUGACUAUCGUGAUGUCAUCACAGCAAUGGCAGCGCACAGUAUUAGGAAUAGUUUAUGUUGCACAUCACCAUUCUAUGGACAAAUAAAGUUGAUUCGGACAGGUUAACGGUUGCAAAACAGCCUAUUAACUUUUCUAAGGUGUAGUUAUAUUGACAUUGCGUAUUUCAAAGAUGAAAUGCGGCUAAAUGAAAAUGACGCAUGAUGUUGUUUACAUUGCUGACAUCUUUGAGAAGUGGAUAUGUAGUUUUUGUCCCUCCAUGUUUGUAGUUUGUUUGACUUGCUGGUUGGAACGCUUUCAAGUGGGAGGUAGCUGCCUUCUUGUUGCCUACUAGGAAGCUCCUACCUCUGGGGAAUGCACCAUUACAUGACACAUCACUGGUGACGCGCUGACUUGUUCAUUGAUAUACGACGUUAUCCAUUAUUGAACCUAUCUUACGGUAGGGACACAUACACGCGAAUUCGCGAACUUUGCCAUUCAUUCCUAUGAGAGAGGCGAAGGCAAGCGACAGCAAGCGAACAGGGGCGAAGCGAAGCGAAAUUAUUAAAGAAAGUUUAAUGUUAUGCAAAUGAGGAGCGAAUUCGCCUGCCACGGCCCAAUCAAAUCAACAACAUAACUGUUCCAUUCCAUUUGAUUCGCCGCGAUGGUCGCCCCAUAGAGGUCCCAUCACAGAUCUGUGGGUUGAGGUUCUAUUGGCUCGUUAAAAAUGUCGAGAAUCCCAAGAAAGUCGACCUAAAACCUGGAAAAUGGUCGUGAACAUUUGGUGAGGCAAUGUCAGAUCGAUAAUUAUCGAAACGAGUUCCCGAGUUUGUGUUUUGUGUGACGACAUAUGCGUCAUCAACAUGGCGCACAUGCAUGCAACUGGCAUGUAAACAGUAUCAUAAAUGCUAAGAUAUCAUCUUGUUAUCACCAUCAACAUUGAUUCAACAACACCAGUUAAUGUCAUUCAAUUGCAGAUGCACAUAUGUCAGUGAUGCUGGUAUCUGACUUUAAUUUAGCUUACUUCAGCUAAAAUGAUAUGUCGUGGAUGUGGAGGUGAAAAAAGAAGAGGACCAAAACAAAACGGCAUGAUUCCGGAUUGUUCCGGUAUCAGUGGCGUCCAUGCGCCAAAGUCCAGAACUCAGUUGUCACAUGAGCAGUGUCGACUCGUCAGCUGUCUCGAGAGGUCCCGAGCCCGUGAAGGCCACAUACGGUUAUACCGGCUGUGGUCGCCCCCGACAAGUGCAUAUCGGUGCCUGCCUGCAUGCAUCACUGGUGGCACAGUGACCUAAAUAUCAGGGUUCAUUGGCAUAAUACCGGGGAUUCAAAUGUUCGGUUAUGUAACUACAAUGCACUGAAUGGCGCCAAUGAUGCUACUAUCAGAUCUAUACUGUAAAAUGAAGCGAAUUCAUGUAAAAUGUACAGGUGACCAAAGUGAUUUCAAUUUUGCACGUUAAAGUUGAGCUGCUGGUAGCAAACAGUUGGUUUGGCACGUAUUAAAACUCACGUAUUAUCAGGGGUGUAAUUGCACGAGGAAUUUUGACUGAUGUCGGUACUCGACUAUUGCCAUUUAGCACUUAAUCGAUAAGAAUAACCUUAAAUAAGUAGUCAUAAUCCAUUUCAGAGUAAGAAAAUCGUAUUUUUUGUGAAGCGUAUCAUGAAUAGGCCUAUAUUGUUUUUGUUUGGAUGUUCCAUUUUGCGGAAUAAAAAGGCAAGUUGAAUGAGAUAUCAUCAGCACUUGUUCGUUGAAAGAGCGGCAAGAGAACAGAACAAGGAUGGGGACAAGGGAAAAUGAAAUGUGGGUGGAGUUUGAGUUGCUUCUUAAAACUAACCAAUCGUGAUGCGAGAAUAACUUGAUGUGGCAUUUGGUGCUUUUGGAUUCGCAGAGAAACAGUUGUCUAGUUACAUAUCAAUCCGUAUAUAAUCAGUUGCGAAUCUUAGAUCAACAUCUGAAAAACUUUAGAGUUGAUCAACAUGCCUGAGCCAGCGAAGUCUGCACCCAAGAAGGGAUCCAAGAAAGCCGUGACGAAGACGGCAGGGAAGUCCGGCAAGAAGCGCAGGAGGACCAGGAGGGAAAGUUACGCCAUCUAUGUCUACAAAGUCCUGAAGCAGGUUCAUCCUGACACAGGUAUUUCCUCCAAGGCGAUGGGCAUUAUGAACUCAUUCGUGAACGACAUCUUCGAGCGCAUCGCCGGUGAAUCUUCCCGCUUGGCCCAUUACAACAAGCGCCGCACCGUCUCCUCCCGGGAGAUCCAGACCGCAGUGCGUCUGCUUCUGCCCGGUGAGCUGGCCAAGCACGCCGUGUCCGAGGGCACCAAGGCAGUGACCAAGUACACCAGCGCCAAGUAAACUGAAGUGUUCAAACCCAAAGGCUCUUUUAAGAGCCACCCACAUCCUCCACAAAAGCAAAACCAAAUGGUGUAUAUUAUUGCAACGAGAAACAUUUUGGAUUUGGAAACUAAAAGCAAUGGAAUUUCCAGGCUUGAAUGAAGAAAUAGACUAUGUACCUUUCCUGUAACUGUUUUUAGCAUUCUAUGGUCUUUUAAGAGAACAUGGAGCUUAGAUCUAUUUAUAGGCUACUUCAUGUACAUAUAUGUAUAAGACAUAUUUUUGUUAUUAAAAUCAUUGUAUAGGUUGAUGACAUCAUGAAAUAUAUAUUGGCUGUAGUCUCACUCUAGCACUCCAGGAAUUAGAGCUAGCACUCCAGGAAUUAGAGCUAUUGAAAAUUGACCAUAUUAAGAAUGCUUAAUGCGUGCAAAUGAUAUAGGGGUGUAACAUUCUCCUAAGCACCUGAGCUCACUUGAAAUAGACCCAGAAGACAUGGGAAACUGUCCUUUG